AUUAUCGAAGUAUUGAAAGCCAGUGGCGGUUUUAUGCACGUGCUGCUCAUUCACAAUCCGUCGCAAUUCACGCUCAGUAAAGUCAAUUAAGUUUACUGGAUUGAGAAAAAUGUUUUACAGUCAUGAAAGUACGUCUUCUAUAUACGCUCAACUCUUCCCUCCAUAAUUUCCCAUUUUCAAGCAUUGCUUUUCUGUCGUAUUACACAGACUUUUUAUAAUUCUUUCCUAAAAUCACCUCUAGUUCUCACGUCUCGGAAACAUGGUGUCGCAACAGUCUGGCUCGUUGCGACCCUAGGCAGCAAAUCAUCUACUAAGAAAAUCACUCGGAAAGCCAUUCUCGAUGUUGAUGUCAAGAAAGCCUGUAAUACGAUCCUCGAACCUGACGCGCCUAUGGCAUUGCGUUUGCAGAGCAAUUUGUUGUACGGCGUCAGUAGGGUCUACGGUCAGCAAGUGGGAUAUGUUUUGAGUGAUACUAUCCAUGUUGAGCAGGGUCUGAGGAGUUUGGGAAAGAAAUUGGUGGGAAGUUUGGACUUCAACGGUGUGAAAGUCAAGUGAGUUUUGUGUAGUGGGGAGCAGAGUCACCAUGAGCGAAGCUGAUUUUGUUGAAAACAAGACCAGCUCAAUUGAUGCUAAUGGAUGAUCCCGCAUUUGACCCUGACAUGCCACUCCCAGGUCUGUUUCCAAAUUACGAUGUCAAUAUCGACGCCGAUGAUUUGCAAAACCGGGAUUCACAACUUUCAUUAUCGAUCGAUUCACAACGUGGACGGAGUACCUCCAUUUCUUCUUCUCAAGGCGCUUCAAUCCUGGGUCUCAAUAUAUCUUCGAGUCUCAGUGCAGGUGGCUACCAGCUCCCUUUCAGUGAUCCAUUUAUCAAGUCAUCUGCACAGAAAUCCGGCGCACAUGGGAAUGAGUUUGAAGGUGAAGCUAUCUUGUUUGAAGAUAAUGAUAUUUUUGAGUUUGAUCAGGAUGGGGAAAUUAGGGAUUUCACCGCUCAAGAUAUUGCGUCUCGAAGAGCAGCAAGUACAAGUGCGGCGCCAAGGUUUGGUAAUGAUUCAGCUGCCAGUGCAAGAGUUCGUAAGGAGCAUGACGAUGCUAGAGCGCAAGCUGGAGAUCAUGGCCGUAUAUACAAUGAAGAUGACAUGAAUAUGGUGUUUGGCGAUGAUGAUGAGCGCCUGAUGUUACCGGAUGCAGAACCUUUCGCGGCCUUUAUGGGUGGUUCUGUACCUGCCCCUGGUCGUGAGCAGUCAAUUUCACAGCCGGGAGAUUCGUCAUCUGAAAGCGCAGCUGCACCUUCGCGUCCUCGAAAACCGAAGAUUAAGAAACAGCUCCCUAUUGAUCAAACUCAAGAGCUGAAGAAUUCGGAUCUCUCAAUCUGGCAAAGAGAGUAUGUCAGUACUCAAGAUGGUCUCAGUGCAGCAAAGUUGAUAACCAAGGGACAAACAUUGGCCAAGAAAAAUGCUCUCAUGUUCGUCAUUGGAAACGGUCUCAAUGGUGCUGGCAUUGGUAUUGGAUCAGCAAAGCUUCCAGGCCCUUUAAGCAUAUUUUCAGGUGAUGCACUUCUUGCGAAGAUCACAGGACGAGUGUUUGGUCCUACAAAACGUCAAGCAGACUCUGAGAGAGAUGAAAAUGUUCCUAGCAAACGACUUCGCCAUUCUUCCGAUGAAGAACUUCCCCGUGGUUUCGGCGGUGAUAACGAUUUCGCUAUUCGAGUUGAUGAUGAACCACUCGGCACUCCGGUUGAGGUGGAAAGGGGAAGAGAUGCGGCAGAUACAUUGGCGGAUUAUCCAAGCAGCGCAAUGAUGCCUUGGAAUUUAUCUGCCAGCCAGAGAGCUCGCUCAUCAAGUAUACGCCCCUCUGCUUCGCUUAGGCCCGGUGGCAGAGGAGUUUCUGCCAGUCCCUUGGUGGGAAGAGGUAUUAUUAUACCCGGUGGGGGCGAUUUAGACAAGUUCUCUUCAGAGCAAGAUGUCAUUAUGUAUGGAAGAAGUGAUGAUAUUAGUACUAAUUUAGGUGGGGGAAGCGGUGAUGGCAGGGACGUCGAAGAAUGGGCAGGUGACGACCAAGAGAAAAGUGAUUUCGAAAUGUUUGGACCAGCCGCAAAUGUGGACACCCAGACGGCAGGACAAAGCCAGUGGGUUAGAAGUAUCAUGGAUAGCGAGAGCGAGAAUUUCCUCGAUUUUGUCAGGACAUCGAUCGAAGAAAGGAUUGGCGAGGAUGAAGAUGUCUUUGGUGAACAUGGAAAGUUGAAGGAUAGGAAAGUGGGAUUCGAAGAGCUGUUCGAUCCGGAAAUAAACAGUGAGGUUGUAGCAGCUCAGGCGUUCUUACAUAUAUUGACUUUGGCCACGAAAGGAAGAAUUUGGGUUGAUCAAGACGAGAGUGAGAGCCUGGAUGCAGGUGGAAAUGGAUUGGGUGGAGAAAUUUGGUUAGGGUGUCUGUAGUACUACUGUGAAAGAACAUGGUGUUCGCCAAUUCGAGCCUCGAAGAAACAUGAUACGGUUGGGUGGAUAGGAAAAAUUGUGCUAGGUAUUCGCCCUUUGUAAACAUCUUACGGUAGGGAUAUGAAAGAUAUUAAAUCAAUGGCAUGGGAAAGGGGGUAUGGUUUAUGGUUGCUACAGUUU